CCGCAGUUUGGUGUGUGCGUGUGUGAUAUGGAAGGGAGAGAGAGAGGGAACGAUAAGAGAGAGAGUUGUGUAAUCUGUCCAUUUUGUAUCGCUCUUUUUCUCCCCUUCAGGCCCCCCGGCUGCCAGACGUCACACCAGUUUAAAACAAGGACAAAAAAAGUUGUCGGGUGAACGAGAGAAAAAAAACUCUGAACCCUUUCCCGAUCCGAAUCCAGGGAGGAGUGGGUGAGUGUGACAGAACGAGGGGGACCGAGAGAGAGAGCACGCGAAGGAACCCUCUCUCACAACCACACAGAAGACACAACGAUUGUUCUGUCUAUCACCGAAAGGAACGGAUAAUAACUCACCCCGGGAAUCAACAAAAACACAUAUACGGUGGUCAGAAAGUCGUUACCGGAGGGGAAAUACUUCAGGGCGAGGCCACCGAGAGAAUGCGUCUCAGGUUUCUGUGCAGGAUUUAUGUGCUGUGGGGUUUUGUGGCAGUCACAUCCUCUCUGACCAAGGCUGAGAAGAAAAAGGCGACGGGCAGAAGAUCUCGGCAGGUGGACAAUAGUCCGGACGGGGUGUGGUCUGCCUGGGAGGAGUGGUCAGGAUGUUCUCAGAGCUGUGGAGUGGGCGUGUCACAGAGAACCAGAAAGUGUGAAGCCCCUCCCCGUCCUCUAACUCCUCCUCUCUCCCACUCUCCUCCAAACUGGGGGGGUUCAUCGUUCCUCCCAAGGAGGGCCGGGGGUCCCAACCAUGGCUCUGUCAUCUCCGCCAUCCGCCCCUUCUACCCCCCUCAUUACUCUAGCAACCAGCCAUCCCAGUACGGGGGAGGAGGUGGGGGAGGGACAGAGAGACAGCCAGCCCCCUUCUAUCCCCCCUCACUCCCAUCAUCCAAUCAGAACCCAGGACUGUCUCUCUAUCGGGACACUCCUAUAGGAGGAGGGACAGGAGCUGUGCCAGCGCAGUCCUCCAAUCCCACGUCUCCCCUCUAUCGCCCGGAAUUCUCAUCACCCAAUCAGGAACCAGGUUCUGUUUACCGUUCCACCUCAUUUCCUGCCCCCCCAUCCAGCUACAGCCAACCAGCACAGGCCGCCCGCCGGCCAGCCAAUCCUGGAACAGGGAGGGUGGGAGGAAGUGGGAGCAGAAGGUCAGUGUUGCCCAAUAGGGGGGCUCUGCCUGCUAGUAGGUCCUCUUCUAUCCGUCCGGGUCAGUUUGGUUACGGCAGGGUUCCCUUCUCUCUGCCAUUACACCGGCAAAACCGGCAGGCCCGCCACACUGAGCACGGCAAUGCUACCAUAGCAACCCUGGUACUAGAGACCGAGGGGCAGGAGGGAACUGUUGUUAACAUUGACCAAAUGGACAGACCCGGAGAUGGAGAAGAGAAGAGGAGGGGAGAGAAGGAGAGGGAGGGAGGCAAAAACCACAAAGGGAACAAGGGAGAGAGGGAGCAUGAGAGGAGAGAGGAGGAGAGGAAGACAGAGGGGGAGAGUACGGAGUCACCUGUCGCUAAGGCAUUGCUAACAACAACCAUAGCUAAACCAGAAAGGAAUGGACAGAGGGACACGGACACUCACAGACAGAUGGACAGACAGAGACAAGCUGCUGCGGAGCGAGGGAGGGAGAGAGGGAGAGAAAGAGAGAGAGUGCCCUCGACCCUCCCUCACUCACACAGGCCAUCUCCCUUCCAGCCCAACCACGACAGAAUCAUUGACAGACACGCCCCUCCUCCCCUCCCCCCUCUGCCUCACCCCUACUCCCCCUCUCUUUCUCACCCCUACUCCCCCCCUCUCCACCACUCCUCCCCCCAUCACAGAGAGAGAGAGUCCCCCUAUGGCUUCAACCCUCAGCUCCAAUCCCCUCACCCUGGACCCCCCCAACCCAACAUCUACCCCCUGCAACAUCAGCAGCAUCCCCACCCCCUGGCCGAGGGGGAGACAGGGGGACAGAGAUUACCCCCCCAGAACUACAGGUGUUCGGGAGCAGAGCAUAAGUAUCGUCGGUGCUUCUCACAGGUAAGAGCUAACUAGGAGGUGGUUCUCACC